AUGCUUUCAAGCCUCUCAGGCUGGCGGCUGCGGCUUACGCCCGUCUUCGCCAGCUGGGGCUCAGGCGAGUUCGGCUACUACGGCGCCACUGAGCUGGUGGAGGAGUACAUCCACCUGAUCGGCGGCAGGACGAUGGCCUAUCUCAACGUCGACCUGGCCAUCAUCUACACCUACAACCUGAUGGCGGUCGCCAGCCCGCUCAUGCACCACGUCUCAGUGGAGGCCGCCAAACGGGAGGUGCCACUGCGCGUGGUCGACGAGGACGCCUGUGAGGACGCCUACCGCAAGGCAUCGGCGUUCAACACGAAAUUUCCCGAAGGUUUUCAGGGCAUCAAGAUCUGCGCGGGCAGCCGCGACGACAAGCCGUGGGGCGCGUGCCGGGGAGACUCGGGGGGUCCACUGAUGGUACAGCCACCCGAUGGCCCCUACCAGCUCAUUGGCAUCGUCUCCACCGGCGUCGGCUGUGGCAGCACUAAAUUUCCCGGAACCUACACCAAGGUGUCCUCCUACAUUGACUGGAUCCUCGGCAAUCUCAUUGAGUAG